UGAAUAAGUUAUGCAUAUUUUUUAUCAUAUUUUUAUUUUGAUUUAAAUUAUAAAUUGACUUUCGAUGUGAUACUUACUUCAAACAUAAAUAUUAUAUACUAUACAAUAAUAUUAUAUACUAUACAAAACUAAUUAAAUACAAAAUAUAAAAAAUGUCUGAACAAUCAAUUUAUGAUAUGGCUUAUCGUGGUAAAACUACAGAUGUUAAGAAUUUAUUAAAUGAAAACGAAAAGUUAAAAAUAGCUAAAGAUAAUAAUGGUCGAAUGUUAAUACAUUGGGCAGCACUAGGAGGACAUGAUGAUUUAGUAAGAUAUUUAUUAUCUCUUGAUGUACCAGUAGAUCCUACUGAUGAUACAGAUAUGACACCAUUAAUUUUGGCAGCAUCAGCUGGUCGUGAAAAAGUUGUUAAUAUUUUAUUAAUUGAAGGUGCAUAUGUUAAUGCCAAAACACAAGAAGGUCAUUCAGCAUUGCAAUAUGCAGCAUCAAAAAAUUGGAAAUCUAUUUGUGCUGCAUUACUAGAAAAAGAUGCCAAUGUUAAUAUUACUGAUAAUCGUGGAGCUACACCAUUACAUAGAGCUGCAUCCAAAGGCAAUAUUGCUAUUGUAAAACUUCUCAUAGAAUAUGGACGAAAUUUAGACAUUGAUAGCAAAGAUGCUGAUGGAAAUAGUGCAUUACAUUUGGCAUGUGAAGAAAAUCGUGUUGAUGAAGCAAAAUUAUUAGUACAGAAUGGUGCUAGUACAACAUUAAAGAAUAAACAAAAGAAAACACCUUUAGAUUUAGCAACUCCAAGAUUAGCACAACAACUAAAAGAAAUAGAGGAAGAUUCAUCUUAAAUAUUAAAAAAAAACAUUGAUAUUAUUGACUCAGUGAUAUCUAGUUAAUCUUUAUUUUUAAAAUUAAUUUAAUUUAUGACAAUAUAAAA